AUGAUACGAGUAGCUGUUGUAAAUAUGAAUUUUAAAAAACUUUUUAAAUAAUACUAUUACAAAAUAAAUAAUUUAACUGCACACUUACCGAAAGGGGUUUCCUAUAUAUUAAUAAAUCCUCUAAAAAUUUACUUUUCGAUGUAACUGUUAGGCUCACACAUAUUUUAUAACAUUUUUUUAACAUGCACACAAGUAGAUAAUAGGAAUUUCUUUAUGUAUGUAUUUAAAAGCUUAUGUUGAAAACUUCCAAAUACGUAUUUAUACACUCACAAUUACUACAUUUUUAUUUUAAUCACAAAUACGUAUUUAUUCACUCACAAUAACUACACUUUCAUUUUGCCUAAUAUUUCAAUCUAUAACUUUAAUUUAAAAUUUAAGCUUUCUCAAGAUUAAUUUUGCCAAUCCGCCAUUUUGUGAAUCAUGUACGCUUUAACAUUACUACAUAAUCCAGAUAUUCCACUUGUAGAAAUAACGCCAUUUUAUGCCUUCAUUGGAAUUAAGUCCUGUUCGUGCAUUGGAAUUUUCCUAUGCAAUUUUUUAAAAAAUAGUUGCAAAUUUAUACAUAAAAGGAUGUACAGAAUAUAAUCUUUAAACAUAAAUCAUUAAUCACUGAAUAAAACCGCCCGGAAAUCCAUUACGCGUCCGUUUCGUUUUUCAAUAAAUCGGAACUAAAAUUUCUAAAGAUGGGUGUUUCAUUAGUCUGAAAUUGAACCGGCUCGUAACUAAUUUCGAUUUUUAUAUGACCAAACAACUAUUUAUAAUUUUUAGCAAAAUUGGCAUUAAAUUUGUAAAGCGGAGUUUGUAAGCUUCAUAUUUUUAUUUCUAUAACGUUUGAAAAUAUUUGUAAAUACGUUUAAAAAUAUUCCUAAAGAUGUAUAAAAUAUCGAUAACAGUUUUACGAUAAAAAAAAAAUUCCAUAUACAUAUAUGGGAUAUUAUAGUGAAUGAAUAAAUUUUCGAUUCUUAACGGAAACAUAGCAUUCUUAAUGGAAAGAUAACAUAUAAGUUUUCAAAUACAUAUGUACAUACGUGCAACCAAACCAAUAUAAUACAUAUUUUAAAUGCGAACUUACCGGGAGCGAUUUCCUUUAAUUAGAAACUCUCAUUUUGCUCUUGUGGAAUAUAAAUUAUUAAAUUUGUAAGAAUUUAACUUCAGCUCAGAGUCUCACGGAUGUAAAUUUUAUGGAAUCACUUUUAUAUGAAUGUAACAUUAAUUAUUCUGAUAAUUUUAUAUUAAACAAUUAACCCAAACACUGAUAAAUUGAUUAAAAUACCGAAUCACGUCACACAGCGGAAACGGAAAUACUCGUUCUUAUAUUCCGACCCGAAAGCUUUUUGCAAACGAUUAUUUUGCUCAACGAAGUUUUUUAAGGGUUGAAUAACGGUGACUAAUAUAAUUUAUAUAACCCAUCUACAAAUUGUAAUUUUGAUGUUUUAUUGUUAAGAAAUAUUAAAUUAAGAUAAUUGUGCUAUAUUUGAGGUUUUCAUCGCAAAGCUUUUAUACUUAUCAGGUUCCAUUAUCAAUAGAACCAAAAAAUUUAUUUCGAUAACGUUUAAUGAACACAAUCGAUAUAUUAUGAUAUCUAAUAAGUAUUUUACAUGGUUGUGAAAUAUGAAAGCGCGCAUUUGAACAAGAUUUUGUAAAAACAAUUCAAAUGGUGGAACGAAUAAUCAAUUAAAUAAAAGUUGAAUCAUCAUCCACUGCACUCGGCUUUUAUAAUAGGAAUGAAGCGGUCGAAGGAAAAAUAUAAUUUACGCAGUAAAGCUGAGUCUCCAAGUUCCAGUGAAGAGGAGGACAUAUCAGGACCUUCCACUGAUAUAUCGCCACAACUUGCCAUUUCCAAGCACUCACUCAUGCAAAGGCGCUUCUCCACAGCAAACAGUAUAUCUGAGUUUCCUUUUAACAAGAAACGCGUUCGUGUACUAAGUUCCGAGGAUAAAGUAAGUGAAGUCCACUUCGGCGGUAUACUCUAUUGGAUGUCGCGUGAUGCGCGGGUGCAAGAUAAUUGGGCAUUGUUAUUUGCACAACGUUUAGCCUUGAAAUUUGAACUUCCACUUUUAAUUAUAUUUUGUAUCACACCGCAAGAUGCUAAUAUUACAAAGCGGCAAUAUGAAUUCUUAUUGAGUGGUUUAGAAGAACUAGAACACGAACUACAUGAGCUAUCAAUUCCUUUGCACUUAUGCUUUGGAUCAACAGCCUGUUGUUUAACAGAAUUUGUACGCUUGCAUGAAAUAUCCGCUGUAGUUUGCGAUUUUUCGCCCUUACGUGAGCACCAACAAUGCGUAGAAGAAAUCAAAUUAGUUUUACCUGUGGACAUACCAUUUACCCAGGUUGAUGCACACAAUAUAGUGCCUUUAUGGAUAACUUCCCAUAAACAGGAGUUUGUGCCUUUUUAUAUGCGUCGUAGGAUUUACCCAAUAUUGGAUGAAUAUCUCACAGAAUUUCCGCCAGUAAUAAAACAUCCGCAUAAUAAGAAUAUUUUCAAUAUCAAACGUGCAGAUUGGAAGAAAGCCCGAAAUUGGUUUGAUGGUGAUUGCGCAGUGGGUGUUGUAAAGUGGGCAAAAUCGGGUUAUACCGCGGCAUGUGAGCAAUUGCAGAGCUUUUGUAUGAAACGUUUACCCAUUUAUGGCGAAAAACGUGAUGACCCAACAGUGAAUGCAUUAUCAGGGUUAUCACCAUGGAUUCGCUUUGGCCAAAUUUCCGCCCAACGCUGUGUUCUGGAAGUAAGGCGAUACUCAUCUAAAUGCCAAAAAUCUGUGGAAGCCUUUUGCGAAGAGGCAAUUAUUCUUCGCGAAUUGGCGGACAAUUUCUGUUAUUACAAUAAAAACUAUGACAAUCUUAAGGGGAUAUAUUCGUGGGCAUUUAAUACACUUGAUGAACACCGUUAUGACGAGCGCAAUCCUUCCUAUAAACUUUCAAAAUUUGAACAAGCAAAUACACAUGAUGACCUCUGGAAUGCAGCUCAAAUACAACUGGUUCGUGAAGGCAAAAUGCACGGAUUUCUUCGUAAGUAUUGGGCCAAAAAGAUACUGGAAUGGUCCAACUCACCAGAAGCUGCGCUAGAAACUGCAAUUUAUUUAAACGACAAAUAUAGUUUAGAUGGCAGAGAUUCCAACGGUUAUGUGGGUUGCAUGUUCUCAAUUGGUGGUUUACAUGAUGGUGCCUAUCGCAAUAGACCAAUAUUCGGUAAGAUCCGUUACAUGAACUAUAAAGGAUGUCAGCGUAAAUUUGAUGUGACGGCCUUUGUUGCUCGUUAUAAUACCAAAGAUGUUGUGAAUUAAAAAUUAAAGUUUCAAUUCUUAUAGAAAACAUGUUUACAAGUAUUAAAUACAUUCCAAAGCUUUACACCAACUUAUACAAACAAUAAAAAUUUUUCAAUCUCUAUAGUAUCCAUCAGAGUUAUAUUUAGUUUUUGGCAAAUACGCUUUACCAUACUUGCAACAUUUUCAAAAACUUAAAUAUACGAUUGAAAAGGCCAGCCAGUGGUGAGCAAAUAUUAAAUUGAUGAAUACUAUCUACUUGAAAAAAA